AUGAAUGGUGGAAAGGAGUGUGACGGAGGGGACACGGAUGGAGGGCCACCAGCAGUGCAAGUUCCCGUUGGUUGGCAGCGACGGGUGGACCAAAGUGGAGUGCUCUAUAUCAGUCCCAGUGGGUCUUUAUUAUCCUGCUUGGAGCAGGUGAAGACUUACUUGCUGACUGAUGGAACAUGCAAGUGUGGCCUAGAAUGUCCUCUUGUUCUUCCCAAGGUCUUUAAUUUUGAUCCUGGAGCUGCUGUGAAGCAGAGAACUGCUGAAGAUGUUAAAGCAGAUGAAGAUGUCACCAAACUAUGCAUACAUAAAAGGAAGAUUAUUGCUGUGGCUACACUUCAUAAAAGCAUGGAAGCACCACAUCCUUCACUAGUCCUAACUAGUCCUGGUGGUGGAACAAGUGCAACUCCAGUAGUUCCUACUCGAGCAGCGACUCCAAGAUCAAUGAGGAAUAAAUCACAUGAAGGAAUUACAAAUUCUGUGAUGCCAGAAUGUAAGACUCCUUUCAAGUUGAUGAUAGGGGCAUCUAAUGCCAUGGGUAGGCUUUAUGUGCAAGAAAUGGCUGGAAGCCAGCAACAAGAACUUCAUUCUGUCUAUCCUAGGCAGAGAUUGGGUAGUAAUGAACUGGGACAGAAGUCUCCGUAUCGUGGCAGUCACGGUGGGAUGCCCAGUCCAGCUUCAUCAGGAUCACAGAUCUACGGGGAUGGCUCGAUCUCCCCUAGGACCGACCCGCUCGGAAGCCCUGAUGUUUUCACAAGGAGCAAUCCCACCUUUCAUGGAGCACCCAACUCCAGCCCUAUUCACAUGAACAGGACGCCUCUGUCUCCACCGUCAGUAAUGCUCCAUGGUUCUCCCAUACAGUCAUCCUGUGCAAUGGCUGGAAGGACUAAUAUACCUCUCUCCCCAACCUUGCCCACGAAAAGCCCGGUGAUGAAAAAGCCCAUGUGUAAUUUUUCAGCCGGUAUGGAAAUACCACGAGCAAUGUUCCACCAUAAACCGCCCCAAGGGCCACCCCCACCUCCUCCCCCACCUUCUUGUGCUCUUCAGAAAAAGCCAUUGCCAUCAGAAAAGGAUCCACUUGGCAUACUUGACCCUAUUCCUAGCAAACCAGUGAAUCAGAAUCCCGUUAUCAUUAACCCAACUACUUUCCACUCAAACGUCCACUCUCAGGUACCCGUGAUGAAUGUAAGCAUGCCUCCUGCUGUCGUCCCUUUGCCAAGUAACCUUCCUUUGCCAACUGUAAAACCUGGUCACAUGAACCAUGGAAGUCACGUUCAAAGAGUUCAGCACUCUGCUUCAACUUCCCUCUCUCCUUCGCCAGUGACGUCCCCCGUUCACAUGAUGGGAUCUGGGAUUGGAAGGAUCGAGGCUUCUCCCCAAAGAUCACGUUCUUCUUCCACAUCAUCAGAUCAUGGAAAUUUCCUGCUGCCUCCAGUAGGGCCACAGUCAUCCUGUAGUGGUAUUAAAGUUCCUCCCAGGUCCCCAAGGUCAACGAUAGGGUCCCCGAGACCGUCUAUGCCAUCUAGCCCUUCCACCAAGCACGACGGACUCAACCAGUACAAGGAGAUCCCUAACCCACUAAUUGCUGGAAUGAGUAAUGUAUUAAAUCCUCCAAACAAUGCAGUUUUUUCUACUGCAUCGGCUGGAAGUGGUUCCUUGAAGAGUCAGCCAGGUUUGCUGGGCAUGCCUUUAAAUCAGAUCUUGAACCAGCACAAUGCUGCCUCUUUUCCAGCAAGUAGUUUACUCUCAGCAGCAGCCAAAGCACAGCUAGCAAAUCAAAAUAAACUUGCUGGUAACAACAAUAACAGCAGUAGCAAUUCUGGACCUGUUGCCAGCGGUGGCAACAACGAAGGACAUAGCACUUUAAAUACCAUGUUCCCUCCUGCUGCCAACGUGCUCCUACCAACGACUGAAGGGCAAAGUGGCCGAGCAGCACUGAGAGAUAAAUUGAUGUCUCAGCAAAAAGAUCCUCUGAGGAAAAGAAAGCAGCCGACCACCACGGUGUUGAGUUUGCUGAGACAGUCUCAGUUGGACAGUUCUGGGGUUUCCAAAGCUGGAUCUGAUUUGAUAAGAAAGCAGAGCCAAAGCUCCUUUCCCAUCAGUUCUAUGUCCCAGCUACUUCAGUCCAUGAGUUGUCAAAGCUCUCACAUGAGCAGCAAUAGUACCACCGGCUGUGGGAGCUCCAGUACUGCUUUACCUUGCUCUGGUAACCAGAUGCAUUUUGCAGACACCAGUAUGAACUCUGGCAGUCUCCAGAACUCGCUGGCACAGAGUUUACCCCUGCGAGGGGACGGUGUGCACUGCCAGAACACAAACACUAACUUUGCCCACGGUACUAGCCCGGGCACAACCAACCAUCUCACAGGUUUAAUAAACCAGAUGCAGGCUAGUGGGAGCUGUGGGAUGCUGGCCCAGUCAGGAAUGGCUUUAGGAAACUCAUUACACCCAAACCCACCUCAGUCGAGAAUCCAGGCAUCCUCCACUCCAGUGAUACCAAACAGCAUUGGUAGCAGCUGUAAUCAAACAAGUCCUGAAGCAGGGGGUUCAGGACCAUCAUCAUCAAUAGCCAUAGCUGGCACCAGCCAACCUGCCAUCACAAAGACAACAUCUGUGCUUCAGGAUGGUGUUAUAGUCACUACUGCAGCUGGAAACCCACUUCAGAGCCAGCUGCCCAUCGGGGGCGACUUCCCCUUCGCUGGCCACGAACACUCGCUUCAUUUUCCGCAGAACAGCUCUUCAAACAACAACCUUCCACAUUCUUUGAAUCAAAACCUCCUCAAUUCUCUGCCUAUCUCUUUGCCAGUGAAUCAGCAACAUCUCCUAAACCAGAAUCUAUUAAAUAUCAGCAGGAGAAGGCAAGUCUGAGGUGACAUGUCAUCUAUAAACACUACUUUGAAUAACCAUCAGCUGAGUCAUCUCCAGUCGCUAUUAAACAACAAUCAGAUGUUUCCUUCAAAUCAGCAGCAGCAGCAGCAGCAGCACCUUCUCCAGGGCUAUCAGAACAUGCAGGGCUUUCAAGGCCAGCCCCCCAUUCCUGGCCCAGCUAACAACCCAAACCCCAUGGCAUGUCUGUUCCAAAAUUUCCAGGUGAGGAUGCAGGAAGACGCUGCUGCCCUGAACAAAAGAAUGAUCACUCAGAUGGGAAUGGCACCGGUUCCUGAGAGCUCCAACGCUCUGCUUCCUCCUUUCCAAGAAACAUCUUGUGAUCUGCAGCAGAGGACUGAACCACCUCUGGGACCCCAGGCGAAGGAAAACCUCCCUGUCACCGCUCAGGGGGACGCCUCGGUGGACGCCAUCUACAAAGCAGUGGUAGAUGCUGCGAGCAAGGGGAUGCAGGUAGUGAUCACCACUGCCGUUAGCAGUACCACACAGAUGAGUCCCAUCCCAGCUUUGAGUGCCAUGAGUGCCUUCACAGCCUCAAUUGGUGACCCAUUAAAUCUCUCCAGUGCUGUCAGUGCAGUAAUCCACGGCAGGAACGUUGCCGACCACGAAGGGAGGAUCAGGAACGCGAGAGGAGCGCGGAUACUGAAGAACUCGGAGCACGUUAAAAAUUCCAGUGAAGGGGAUGGGUAUGAUUAUUACAAACCAACGAGUUGUAACACCCCCAAAAAACAGUGGGAAGGGGAGCAAAGUCCUGUCGGUGAGAUAAAUAGGUGGAAAUGUGAUGAGUUUCUAGAGCACUCUGCCCACAUCCAUAGUAGCCCUUGUCACGAAAGGCCCAACAACAUCUCCACACUGCCACUGUUACCAGGCGAGCAGCAUCAGAUCCUGUUAGCACAGCGAAACUGUCAAAGUGAUAAAAUGUUGGAGGAGAAUUUCAGGUAUAAUAAUUACAAAAGAACUAUGAUGAGUUUUAAGGAAAGACUGGAGAACACUGUGGAACGAUGUGCACACAUAAACGGCAACAGGCCUCAGCAGAACCGAGGAUUUGGGGAGUUGCUGAACACUUCUAAACAAGACCUGAUCCUGGAAGAGCAAUCUCCAAGCUCCUCAAACAGCUUGGAAAGCUCGUUAGUUAAAGACUACAUCCAUUACAAUGGAGAUUUUAAUGCCAAAAGCAUUAACGGGUGUGUGCCUAGCCCUUCAGAUGCUAAAAGCAUCAGCAGUGAGGAUGACCUGAGGAACCCCGAGUCCCCCUCUUCCAACGAGCUGAUCCAUUACAGGCCGAGGACGUUUAACGUGGGCGACUUGGUCUGGGGCCAGAUCAAAGGACUGACUUCAUGGCCUGGGAAACUAGUAAGAGAAGAGGAGGUUCACAAUUCAUGUCAACAAAACGCUGAGGAGGGGAAGGUAUAUUUAUAUAUCUAUGCACAUCUCUCUCUAUCUACAUACACCU